AUGGAUUACUAUUUAUCUGGCAUACAGGAGCAAACGACGACAACAACAUUCGAUGUAGUAUUAAAAAGACACGAGGGCAAAAAAAAUCUUGGGUUCAGUAUUAUUGGGGGCGCAGACAGCCCUAGGGGUAACGUGGGCAUCCAGGUUAAAUCCAUACUACCAGAUGGCCUUGCUAAAGAGGACGGAAGAUUGAGAGAAGGUGACGAGAUAGCAGCUGUCAAUGGAGCCAGUUUGGCUAACCUAACACACGUUGAAGCCCUCCUUACAUUUAAAAAAGUCAAAUCUGAUGAGUUGGUACUCACCAUGAGUAUCAUUUACACGAGCAGACCCAUCGAAAAACUGGAUCCGAAACCGACUUACUCGAUUCUGCCGACUAAAAUAUCGACAACCACUGAACCUGACAAUACCGAAUUGCAAGUGAACGCCUCAACAAACGACCAACAACGGAUUGUUGAUGAUGAGAAGGAUGGUGAGGAUCUGAAGUACGGAUGCAUUCCAAAAGGCCAGGUGGCGAUGAAGAGGGAGGCCUUGUUUGAAUUGCUCUCCCAGAAAAUGUCUCCUGAGAAAUCUCCGAAACACGCGCAUAACAAUCACAAAUCACAACAACAUGCAACGGAUAGGCGGUCGCCUGAUAAAAUGAUUCGAAUUCCAACACCGAUUGCCAUCUGCGAAGAUUACAGAAAACCAAACUCCAGCGAAAACGACUCAGGAACUGGUUUGCAGCGAAUACGGUUGAAUCUAAAAGUAGACGACGACUACAACGACGAGAAUAAAGAUAGUGUUAACUACACUUCAGCAAAACCUGAAAUUUCCCACGAAACAAUGAAGCGAUUCCUCCUCCAUCGUCUGCCUGGAGAAUCAUUGGGACUUGAAGUCGACAUCAAACGAUCCUUGGGUGACAGUGGUCCUCUGCAUGGAGUUUACAUCAGCGGGAUAACCCCGGCCGGAGCUGCAGACAAAGCGACGUCUCAUGGUGCGUCAAACGUUCAAAAAAUUUGCGUCGGAGAUAAAAUUGUUGAGAUAAAUGGUAGGCGUUUGAGUUCUGUGAGUCAUUCGGAGGCUAUCCAGAUAUUAAAUGAAAUGCCUCUUAGAGUUGAGUUGUUGCUCACAUCAGGUCACAAUGAGAAGAAAACGUACGUAGAUGAGGUCGAUUCGAAAAAUAUUGCUGAUCCAAAUAAGAGGUUCAGAGGGAAAACAUUGAACAACUCGGGCGAUGAUCACGUUGUAACUAGGCAGGACAGCAGAUCACAUACGAAGAAACAACAAAACAAUAAAACUUUCACACCAGAAAAUACAUUCAAAAAUGAUUUUUAUUCAAACCAAACGUUCAAUCGAAAUGAAGAUUCAGAUGAGUACAGAAAUUAUUCUGACGAGGAAAACGAUUUCAAUUCUACAAACAGAAAAGAAAAGCACAGCAGUCACAGCAACAGCAGUUGUAACGGGAUUUUAUACGCCAUGCAAUCGUGCAAAGCGAGCAUUUUACACGAUGGCUACGAGCUGAGGAAGCUGGCCGUCAAAAAACGCAGAGAGGAGGAGCUUGGUCUGGUAGUGGAGAAGUGUUACGUCGAACCGUACGAAUAUUUGAAGGUAGUUGACAUCCAUCCUUACAGCGUUUUUGCGAAAUCUAACCUCGUGCACUGCGGAGAUCUUCUCGUUUCUUACAAUGGUUUGCCUCUUGAAAACAUCAAUAAAAAGAAAUUUGAAAAUCUCGUGAAAGAGACGGGCAUCAUUUUGGAAGACGUCAAUAUUGAAGUCUUGCGUCAGAGGUCGCCCAAACACCACAACCAACUAGGUUAUUCAAGACAAAAUGAUUCAAUAAGCGAGGACACAAGCAAUCCGUUUCUUCGCCACAAUCCUGACAAAUAUUGCUGGUCAACCAGUACUUUAUUGGAAGAUAUUGACGAAGAAAGCGAACCAAAUGACAAAAUUCGUACUAACCAGCGACACAGAUUAAGAUCAGGCAACCGAGGAAAAACUCCAUCGCCUACAAGAAAAGCUCAAAAGUUUUCAAAUUGGAAUAACUUCAUGGAUUCGAGUCAGUCUAGAGAUUCCGGUAUCACUGAAGACGACAAAUCAUUGAGAAAUUUUCACAACUGGACACCUGCUGAGAAUGAAGAGACAGGUCCUGAGUCAGACGUUGAUGGUUUGAGCAACUGUGAAAAUGCAUCUCCCACCAAUUAUUACGUCUCUGAGUACAGGUUCUUUGAUGGCAGUGUAGAUGAGAACGAGGUCGUGUUGACGGGUGUCUACAAAAGACCAUUCGAUGAUAGUCACUCAACUUUUUACACUCAUUCGUUGGAAAGAAACAAGUUUCUUUCAAAUGCUGAAUCAGAUAUGUACUUUCUUUCAAAAAGUUCAUCACUACCGCCUGCUAAAUCUUUAAAAUUUUCUUUACAUGAUGAAAACGUAAAAGCGUACGACAAUCAAAGUCGUGGUGAAUCAAAAGGUCAAAUGAAGUCACCGGUCACCCACGACACAAGUCCUUACAGUUCGUACAGAAGCUCUCCGACCAGAUCCUCAACGACAAGCCCAGAAAGAAACUCGCCUCUUCAACAACUUUCAACCAAAAGUCCAGUAAAUACGAGAGCCACGAGUCACUUGUUCGUGCCACACCUCAGUCCGGGUAGGUACUCUUCAUCAUCCAUUCGCAACCAAUUCAGAUCAACGAACGAACAUGCUGGAAGUGACAGAAGAGUGGAAAGUUACGCAACAAAAAACAGUUUAGACGAUAGCUGGAUUGAAAAUGAGAUAGCUAACAAUCUCAGAAGAGAACAAGAAUCCUUAAAAUUUCACAGCAACAACUUGGACAAAAAGUAUUCUUUCAGCAACCCUAAAUUAGCUGACAAUCAUUUUACAUUGAGUCACAAGGAAGCACCCUUAACAAACAAAGAGUCUCAACCUAUUGCGUCAAUUAACAGAAAUAAUUUCGCAGAUAAAUAUGCCAAUGUUUCAGAUGAAAAACGUCGUUUGUUUCUAACGAGCCUCAAGUUGCUACUUCAAGAUUCAGCGAAAUUGACUAUGCUCUCAAAAUUUCGUUCUCCUAGCGAACCUUUUCGCGUAAAUUUGAUGCAAAGUAUUUUCGGUCUGGGCAUCGACCUUCACCUCACACCUUACGGAGGAGUAGUGAUGGAGAUCCAAGAUUCAAGCCCUGUUGGCAGGAAUAGAGAAAUAAGAGUAGGAGAUUGUAUCGUAGCCGUAAACAACACACCCCUAGCAACAUUUGAUUCAGCAGGUCAGUUGCGUCAUUUCAUUGGCUCCAUACCACUCGGUCCAGUUAGACUGAUCGUUUGCGUGAAUCCUGAAGAUCUCGUUCACUGGAUGCAACCUGCAUCACGAGAUCCUCCUCCUUCUACACAUCUCCUCAACAGAACUUUCACAGAUGAUAAGAAGUUCUCAACCUCGAAUUUGAACGCAAGCCAAAACGUUCGUCAUCCUUCCAACGAUGUUGAAUUCAACAGAUCAGGUCGCCAAUUGAAUUCCGAAACUAAAGAGAACGAGAUAGAACUAGAAUUUGUUUUCACCCAACAGCCAAUUGACCUUGGUCUCGGUCACGUGACCGAAAUAAUCGGAGUCAACACCCCAUACACCACCGUCGUUUAUACGGAGAAGCAGGAAGAGAUCACGUGCCUGAGGGACAUCUCGUGCCUCUUCAACAAGAAAAAUGACGGAACGGACCUGCCGGACAACGAAGAGUUUCACCUAGACGUGAAGGAAAUUAAAAACGUCGGCGACUUUCCUGUAAUCUCUCAAAAGGUCAUCAAAAAAACAGACUCCAGGGAUUCGUUCGAGAACGAUAUGCUUCUCGACGGCACGAGAUUUGGUUUCUUGACGAGAAUCGAUUCAUUUAAGAGGAAGUAUAAAGUACCGACCGUGUAUUAA